AUGAGGCAGGGUAGAACAACCAGAGUAGACCUGUUUGCGACGUGCAUCGUGGACCAGCUAUUUCCGGAUGUGGGGGUUAGCGUGGUGCGGGUGCUGCGGCGCCUUGGGGUAGAGGUGGGAUAUCCCGAGGGACAGACGUGCUGCGGGCAGGCGCUGUACAACUCGGGGUACCGUCGGGAAGCGCGUGAGAUGGCGGUGCGGACGCUGGGAGAAUUCGGGGACAGCGAGUACGUGGUGGUGCCGUCAGGGUCGUGCGCCGCAAUGAUGCGGGUGUUCUACCUCGACCUCUUCGAGGACGAACCGGAGAUGCUGCGGCGGGCGGUGGCGAUGUCGCACCGGGUGUACGAGUUCUCCGAGUUCUUGGUCAAAGUGCUCGGCGCGAACGACACAGCGGAGAGCGAGUCCGGGAUCAGCGGCGGGUUCAAGGGGCAGGGAAGCGCGGCAUUUCAUCACGGGUGCCACCUGCUGCGGGAGAUGGAAGUGCGGGACGAGCCGCGGGCGCUGCUGGGAGCGGUGGAGGGGCUGGAGGUGAGGGAGCUGCGGGACGCGGAAACGUGCUGCGGGUUCGGCGGGAGCUUCUCGGUCAAGCUGCCGCACAUCUCAGAGGGGAUGCUGGCGGACAAGGUGGCGAGCGUGCGGGAGUCGGGGGCGGACACGCUGGUAUCGUGCGAUAUGAGCUGCCUGAUGCACAUUGGCGGGGCGCUGCGUCGCGAGGACCCUGACAUCAAGAUUCGCCACAUCGCGCAGGUGCUGGACGAGGGCAGCCGGGGGUAA